AUGUUGGACUCGAAGAAAAACGCUGAAGAUGCCUCUACCAAAGAGCCCAUUGAUAUAGAGAUAACCUCUUGUCAAACCAACACCACUGAGGAGUCACCUCGCCUUCUACGGAGAAUCGAUGCAUUCCUCCUUCCUGUAUUGGUAGUAUCCUAUAUGCUGCAGUAUUUGGAUAAGAGCACAAUGAGCAACGCCGCCAUCUUAGGUUUACGGGAGGACCUGCACCUUUCAGGACAGGAAUACUCCUGGGCAUCUAGUUUGUUCAACUUCGGCUACCUAGCAGCCUCCGGACCGAUCGCGGUUCUCAUCGUGCGAUUUCCCGUGGGCAAAUUCAUGGCUCUUUCUGUUGUCCUCUGGGCUAUAGUCCUAUGCUGUAUGGGAGCGACCCAGAAUCCAGCUGGUCUUAUGGCCACGCGUUUCUUCUUGGGGUUGACAGAGGCUGCCGUGGCUCCGGGCUUCAGCAUCAUUACAUCGAUGUGGUACAAACGGUCUGAGCAACCAAUCCGACAUGGCGUGUGGUUUCUGGGGAAUGUUAUUUCGGGCUUAUUCAGUGGCCCUCUGAUGUAUGCUUUCGGGCAUAUCAACAGUUUCCCCGCGUGGAGGAUUGUAUUCCUUGUUUUUCGAGGCAUCACAGUCGCCUGGGGCAUUUGUCUGUUCUUCCUUCUUCCAGAUACCCCCUCCAAUGCCUGGUUCCUCUCGGAGACUGAUCGAGUUGGCGCGGUCAACCGCGUGAAAGAAGAUGUUACGGGAGUCAAGCACACAAAGUGGAAGAAAGAACAGAUGUUCGAAGCUCUCACGGAUCCAAAAGUGUGGCUGGCCGUGCUGAUCAUGCUGUGUGUUAAUAUUCCCAAUGGAGGAAUCGGAAAUUUCGCAGCUAUUGUCAUUAAAGGAAUGGGAUUCUCGACUAACAAGACAUUCCUAGUGAGCAUGAUUGUCACGGGUUUCCAAGGGUUUUUCGUCAUUACCUCUACGCUUGGCAGCACGUAUCUCCCCAACACCCGGACCAUUUGGAUGGCUAUCUGCAUAGUCAUUGCUCUUGUUGGCGCUGUCGUCAUCCGCCAAGUGGACAACUCGCACAUUUGGGCGCGGUACUCGGGCUACUGUCUUCUUUCCGCGUAUACAGCUAAUUUUCCACUACUGCUCUCUCUGAAUGUCGCCAACGUUGCGGGUAUCACCAAGAAAACCACGGCCAAUGCAAUGUGCUUUAUCGCGUACUGCGUCGGAAAUAUUAUUGGACCUCAGUUGUUCUUCGCCGACGAAGCCCCAAGUUACCCCUCAGGGUUUGCGGCUAUGUUGGUCUGCCUGGGUGUGUGUUUUGCCCUGAUAAUUGGAAUGCGGGUGUAUCUCAUCUGGAAAAACACACAACGCAGCGAGAAGUUGGCCGGGACGCCCGUGCAAACUGACAGCACUGAAAUGUACAUUUCAGAUCGCACGGAUGGUGAGAUGCUGGAAUAUCAAUAUGUAUACUAG